AUGCUUUCAUAUCUAGGAAAGAAGAUAACCAGGUGGCUUGGGUGCGGUGUAAAGCCGAAAUCCAUUUCAACAGGAACAGAUACCCCCGAAGCAACAGCCGUAGACUCAAACAGCCACCUAGGGAAGACUAAACCGGUGAUCCUCAUCAUUCAUGGCGCAUGGCAACAUCCAGCGUACUAUCAGGCCUUUGUCCAAGUGUUACAGUCAAGAGGUUAUGAGACCCAUUGCCCACGUUUACCGAGUUGCAAUGGCCAGGUUCCGCCUACAAAGUCACUUGAAGAUGAUGUCCACUUCAUACGCCAAUUCACAGCUCAGCUUACAGACGCUGGCAAGUUAGUUGAUGUCAUUAUGCAUUCAUAUGGCGGGAUAGUGGGAACCGACGCGCUUUGUAAAUUUGGUAUUGCAGAGAGAUCCAGAAGAGGAUUUGCCGGUGGAGUAAGGAAUCUAAUAUACCUGACAAGCUUUGUGCCUCAUAAAGGACAGAGUUUGGUAGGAAUCUUCGAGGGCCAAUCGUUACCAACUGUUAAAAUCAACGAAGAAACGAACCUCAUAUCAGCAACCGAUCCAAUUCCGAUGUUUUACAGCGACUUACCGAGUGAAGAAGCAGAGUACUGGGUGAAACAAAUGGUUGCUCACCCAUAUUCGGCGCAGUCCACUCCAGUCAGCAAUGAAGCGUUUCGAGAACUUCCGACCUCAUACAUUAUUUGCGAGAACGAUAAGGGUAUCUUGCCCGAAGUGCAGCAAAUGAUGAUUGAUAGACUCAAGGUUGCUGGUGUUGAUAUACAGGUCCAACGAUGCAGCGGAAGCCACAGCCCCUUUCUAAGCAUGCCCAAUGUCACUGCAGAUAUCAUCGAAAAUAUUUCAAAUGUUUGA